ACCCACCAGCAUUCCAAUGGUGGGUCAGAUUAAAUUUCUGCUCACAGCCCUUGUUUUCACGCGGGACGUUGGUUUUGGUCAGUAAAUCCCUCUGCAGUUGCUGGGGGACCCUGCGGUGUGCAGGGGCCAUUAGUGCUGGGUCUCCUCUACUCUUGGUCCCGUGGGGCUUGUGUCGGUUUGUCCUGCUCUUGUCUGACCGACCUUCAGCAGGGGCAGACGACACCACAGGACCUCUGUAGUUCUAGCACUUUUCUGUGUGGUUUGGGCAUGGUUGGUGAGGACUGCUCCCUGUGGAAGGUGCUAGAGGAGUACAGAGUUCAGCCUAACGCAGUAAGGGACACCCCAGCAGUGCAGUCCCUGCUCUGUGGCAGCUUCAGCCUUUUGAUGUGAAGCGCUUUGUGCUUUAACUUUCCCAAGGCUAAAGGAUAGGAAGCAUUGACAAUCCAACCAGGAAUGCUGCAGUGGUGACAUUAAACUCUUCAGCUCCGUAGUAACUGCUAGGUACUCGGUGAGGUGCAAACAAAUCUCUUUUCAGUUGGAUUUCCAAAGGUUAGUAGGGAUUUUCAUAGCUGUCAAUUGGAGAUGUUUAUUUUUACUUUACCCUGACUGUAGCCCUGCAAUCCUUUCUGUCUAGGGAUGAAUUAUAUCUUAAUUCAUAUUCUUAAUUCCUAUUCAUUAGUAUAUCUUAGUUCAGUUAUAUCUAGAAGUGCAUUUUGCUUCAUUUCAAGCAGGACUGGAGAUUAGAUCACAAAAACUUUUUGUUAAAGCUAACUAGGAAUUCUUCAAGAAAGAAUUCAAAACUGCACUUUUUCUCCAAGCAAAAGAAAUUGCCAACUUUUAGAAGACUGAGGAACUCUUAAAUGAUACGUUUCAAAACAUUUAACAGGAAAAUAUCUCAUGUCUAGCCUGUGUUAGCCUUGGCUAGCUCAACUUUGUACUUUCUUAACACUGUCUUAACUUAAAUCACAUAAUUCUUUUUUUCCUGUUUCUGGUAUUUACCCUUCUUUCCCAAUAAUUUGUAAUGAAUAGCCACUCCCUGUUGCAGCCCCAUUUUCUGGCUAUAAAAUUUCUCUCUUCAUCAGUCAUUUCUUGGGCACUGGUAACUUCACUGAAUGGUAACAUCUGGUAACGCCAGCUGGAGUUCAUCUUCCCUAAUCACAAAUUAACCUGCUGCCCUCUUAACUCAAUCCAGGUGUUAAGGAGAGGAGUUAUAAGGAACAAGAGUGCUUUGUUGGUCUCUACCUAAAAAGCAUAGAAAUUCAAGCCACCUGGAUUUUUCACGUUUCCUGACUAAAGGCUGGGAUGUUGGGAAUCAAACAAUGCUGUUCCUAGGAAACAUUUUCUGCACAGCACACAUCCAGGCAAAGGAGGCAGCAGGAAUAGUGCAGCAGUUGGAGCUGGCCUUCAGCUGUACAGGCACAGGAAUGCACGGCUUCAUCCCAAUGCUUCUAUAGUCCAUCUUUCACUCUAAAGGUGAUGUGACCCCUGCUGUCAUGGAUCCUCUCUUGCAGCCAGGCUCUGUUCCUUUGGCAGAAGAAAUAUGCUGGACCAUAUCAGACAUGAAUGCAGAUCAUGUGCUGGUCACUCAGGAAGCUUUAACAGAGCAGUUAGUGAAAAAUUAUCCAGGAGAAGGAUAUUUCAUUGUGACUCCCAACACUUACUUUAUCACACAUGAUGCCACAGAAGACAAGAGAAGGAUCCUGUUGGAGGACAGUUGUUGCUGUUCAUCACCUUCCAUCACUUACCUGGUAAACAUUAAGCCCUGCACAGACCUAGUGAAAGAAAGCAUUCCUACAGUACCCUGUUGCAGAUCCUGCCAUUGCUUCCCUCACCAAAAGAUGCUCUGUGAACAAAGGCAUCAGCAGGUGAUGAGCCAUGGAUCUAAGGGAGAGGGAAAGAGAGGCUGCAGUGAAUUGAAGUCUUCAAUUCGAACUCGAGGCAUCUCCACAUCUGCUGAGAACCAUUCCUGGGACGCCAUCAAAUCCCUGACAUCUGUGAAAGCAAAGCUGAAAAGCAAAAUGUUUGGCCUUGGCCUUUUCUGGAGAAGUGGUUCUAAGAAAGAAAAACACAAGAAAGAGUACUCCACUUUUUCAGGCCAGUUUCCUCCCCAGGAGUGGCCAGUCAGGGAUGAAGAUGACUUAGACAACAUCCCAUGUGAUAUUGAACAUGAAAUCAUCAAGCGUGUUAACCCUACUCUCACAGUUGAUAAUUUGAUUAAACACACAAUAUUAAUGCAGAGGUUUGAGGAGCAGAAAAAAUGUAUCAGUAAAGAGAAAAAAUACAUCAGUAAUGGUACCUUGGCUGAAGUGCCAACACUCAGGCAAAACCAUCUUUCAAAGGAUUGUAUUCAAAGGGCACCAAGUAAAACAGCAAAACACACCAGGAAAACCAAAUCAAAGAAGAAAAAGCAGAUUAGCAGGGCCAGCAGGAAAUCUCACAUACAGAAGCCAACAUCCCAAAAUGUGAAACUGGAAGGGAGCUUUCCACUGCCCAUCAAAAACCCAGAGCCACCUGAUGCAGCAGUGGAGUCCCACGCGAUAUACAAGAAGCAGAUUAAGAAUCCCUUCCAGGGCCUGCCAUGGAGACCUCGCAGCUUUCAUGCCAGAGGGCACCAAGGUGGUGGCAACAGUCGGCUCAAGGGCCAGACUCAAAGGGGAGGAAGGGCUUCCCAAAGGCCACAGUCCUGGGCCUCCUCAGGACCCUUUGGCUGUGAAACUGAAAGGCUGCGUGCAGAAAGUGAGGCUGACAAAGCUAAGCAAAACAACCUACUCCAUGCUAAGAGGUCUGGCCUUCCAUUAAAGAAAGACAGCUUCAGUGAAAAUAGCAGUUGUCUACAAGGAGGUAAUCUGCAAAUAGAUAACAGAGGCAGACACUUCCUGGAAAGCAAUAUUUCAGAAGAAAAUGUCUAUAAAAGAAUAGUAAAAAAAAAAUCCCCUUGCUCCUGCAUUGAAGAUGGUGGUGUGUGCAAAGAGGAUGCAGAAUUUCCAUUCUACCUGGAAGAUGAGCAUUGCAGAUGCAAAGCAGGCACUGUAAGUGAGCUGGUAGAUCGAACAGCCAGUGAGUUUCAAAAUGUCCAUCUUUCAAAUUACAUGGCCAGUGUUAAUCUGGCCCCAAAAAAUGGUGUGAAACACAGCCCAAAGACUGAUAAAAAGAGUGAACUUCUAUUUAGCUAUGACUGUGCCAGGCAUCCUGGAUCAAUGGAGCUGGAAAGGGAAGGGUUUACUGACAACUCCCACCUUCUGUACCGAAAGGGACACGAUGGUGACACCUGCACCUCGGCACAUCUGGAUGACAAUUCUGAACACCUGUCCCCUGGCCAUGCCCCCUCAGACACACAAGGCUGGGGUACAGCUGUGUCCCUGAAAGCCUCUCAGGUCAGUACCUGCCCUGCCCAGCACGACACAGCCACAAAUAAACGUGAUAUAAGGUAUAAGGGGAGUGCCAGCCUUGCAGAAUCACUCGAUGGCUCAAAGGAGCAUCCAACACCAGACUGCACAGAGGAAAGCUGGCUGUGCAGUCAGGUUCUCCUGAGAGGCCACAGAAAGGCUGAAGAAAGUGGCCUCACUGGCUGUGGGAAGGGCUCAGCCGUGGCAGGUUCCUGCCAGGCUGACUCUGGUGCUGGCACGUGGCAGAGCUUCACCCGUGAGGAGGGCGAAGGAGCAGCGCGCUGUGCUUUGGGCUCGUGGAGCACAGAAGUGAGAGCCCCCCCAGGACAGCAAGAGCAGCUUGUGCAGAAUACCUGUCCUGUGAGCCCAGAACAGAACCACUCAGAAGGGACAGAAACCCACAGCAUCACAGGAGACAGUGGAAUCGACUCCCCAAGGUGGACUGAAAAGAAGAUGAAGCUUCCUGCCAAAUUCUAAAAGUAUAAAUAACAA